UUUCAGCUUUUCCUUACACUAAGCCAAAAACGUCCAAAGUUUGCUAUUUUGGAUGACGGUGGCACUCACCAAUCAUAACAACACUCGUAUACUGUUACCCAAGAUACACCCCAGAUCUCUCUCUAAGUCUCUAUACAGAUAAAUACAUAUAUAAUAUAUUAAUAUAUCUAUAUCAAUCCAUAUACGGUUCUUUGUAUGAAAAAAAAAAAAAAAAAAUCAUGCCUAUUGAUGGAUGUGGUGGUUCAUGGGUAACGAAGGAGAACCCGACAAAUUUAGUGUUAUUAACAGAAGGAUGUGUGUCAUACAUUUUAUCACUCACAUCACCGCGUGAUGCAUGUAGAGCAUCAUCUAUAUGUAGAGGUUUUAAGGUGUUUGCAAAUUCAGAUGCUGUGUGGGAAAGGUUUUUGCCUGAUGAUUAUAUGGAUAUACUUUCUCGCUCUGUUUCACCUGUUGUUUAUGCUUCUAAGAAAGACUUGUAUUUUCAAUUAUGUGAUUCUCAUCUUCUUCUUGAUGAUGGCAACAUGAGCUUCUCCCUAAAUAAACAGAACGGGAAAAAAUGUUUUAUGCUAGGAGCAAAGGCACUUUCAAUUGCGUGGCAAGACACUUUAGUGUUCUGGAGAUGGAGAUCUUUGCCUGAAUCAAGGUUCCCAAAGGUAGCUGAGCUUUUAGCUGUUUGUUGGCUUGAAAUUAAAGGCAAGUUCAAAACACUGAUGCUAUCAUCAGAGACUACUUAUGCAGCAUUUCUUGUGUACAACAUUAGAGCGGUCUCACACGGGCUUGAAUUCCCAGCAAAGACAUUAGAUAGACAUGAUGUUGGUGGAAUGGAAGUAGAAGAUGCAGGUGAAGAUCUGGAUAUGACUGUUGUUUACUUAAAACCACCAAAAACAGGUCAGAAUUUGCAGAAUUCUGUACAGACAGAAGUAAUAGGUGCGGUUCCAUGGAGACGGGCAGAUGGGUGGAUGGAGGUUGAAUUAGGUAAGUUCUACAAUGAUAAGACAGGUGGUGAAGUGGACAUGAGGUUUAUGGAGACACGUGAACUACACUGGAAAUCUGGGCUUAUUAUUGAAGGUAUUGAUAUUCGUCCAACAGAUUGAGAAUACCGUGACCCUAUAUGACAUGGUAGCAGCAAUAGUUGUUUCAAGUUAAUUGCAUCAUACAGAUUAUAAACUUGCCCUUGGGGUGUUCAUUUCUCUAUUAAUGUAUUACGACGGGUAAGUUCCGCCAUUGACAAGUCAUACACGUCAAGACGUGAUAAAAGGAGCCUGAAGCCGCGGUCACAUCAUCUUUGGAGUUUGGGUAGAAGAAUGGUUGGUAUGCAGUGCCCCUGCCCUAAGAGGGCUGUGCCAGUAUUUGUUUAACUGACUUGACUACCAGUUUUAAGACCAUUAAGUUAUACCUGCAAAUCUGCAAUCCAGCUUUCAAAAUUCUAAAUGGGUUUUCAAGACAACGAAUUGCAGUCUUGUAAUGCUCAUGAAGGAAAGCUUACAUGUUUUAUCCUCUGUUUUAGAAAAUGACCUUCCUCUAUUAAUUCUAUUGGGGCCAUCUUGUCACCUUGUUGUACCCUCUGAAAGAGGAUUGCUUUGAAAGGGUACUUUACUUUUGGGGGUGUUUGGAUUUAUUGUUGAAAUUGUUAUUGCGACAAAUGCUACAGCGCUUACUAUAUGCAAACAUUUAAGUAAAAUCAAAUAUUACAAUUAGAUUUACAUA